UUUCGCGGGACCAUGUGUCGAAGUGCGAAGAGCAAUUUCCCGAAGCCAAGACUAGUGAAUAGUCGGUGAAUUUGGUUGUUACGUUGUUGUGCUUCUCAUUAGUUAGAUUAUCAGAAACAUUGAUAUCGUGAAAUUCAUCUGUCUGGAAGAGAUCUUUACCAAGCAUGAAAAAUCCAUUUUUGUCACACUGGCCGUUCGGAUAGACUUCGGAUUUAACCCGGAAGAAGUACCCUAAGUCAGCGCAGCGAAAUUACAGUGAAAAUUUAUUGGAAAGGUCCUCUAGUCACCUAAGUCACACAAUCAGGUUAAACUGACCAAAGAAAAUUGCACACACGCACCCGAUCGCUUUGUAAUAGCAAAAUUUAAUCAAAAUGGCCGAUUUUCUAUCGUCGAUUAUGAAAGAUUUUGGAUCAUGGCAAUUCAGGGCGAUAUUACUGAUAUACUUGUGCAAAAUACCAUCGUCGUGGUUUAUGGCGUGUUUAAUUUAUACGGCCCCUGUCCCUAAGCAUGGUGAAUUCUUUUGCAAACCUCCCGUUCCCAUCAAUCACAUCAACGCGACCGAAUGGAUCAAGGUUUCCCAUCCGUUGAAGGAGGAAGUGCACGAUGAAGAGUUCACCAUCGACUAUUGCAACGUUUUCGAAGAUGCCAUGGAACAUAGUCUGCAGUACUACAACGAUCCAUCGAUCAAACCAUGGAUAGAGCCUACCAACAACACCAAGGUCAUACCGUGUGAAACAUUCGAGCAUCACGUGGAGUACAACUCUAUAAUCACCCAGUUCGAUUUGGUGUGUUCGAGGGACAUACUGGUAGCAACUACGCAGUCUUUCCAUCUAUUCGGCGUUUUGCUUGGUGGCAUUAUAACAACCCAAUUGCUGCAGACGAUCAGUCCGAGGAACAUCAUGCUGCUUGGAAUGUAUACGCAAAUUAUUAGCGGGUGCAUCACCGGUUUGAUAAACGUAUUCGAAUUGCACAUGCUCUUCCGGUGUUUGAGUGCAAUUUGCUGUGGUUUCAUGUACACAGCAGGAGGUGUUAUCAUGACUGACAUAACGGGGGGCAAAUUUAAAACCGCCACUAUAUGCUUGUUCGAACAAUUUUGGUCGAUCGGCGUGAUUAUGUUGCCUGGAAUCGCCAGCUUUUGGAGUAGCUGGUCCCAGUUGUACCUGGCCAUCUCUCUGCCAACGUUUUUGUUGAUAAUCUUACACAGGUGGAUACCGGAUUCUCCAAGGUGGCUGCUCAAACGGGGAAGGGUUCGAGAGGCCAAAAUGUACCUGAUGGAAUCUGCUAGGUGUAAUGGCAGUACUGAACGCAUUCCGAGUGAUUUCGAUCAGCAACUGAAGUCGUUUUCCGAGGCGGCUGUAGAGCAACCAGAUCCCGAUCCCUGGUUUUCGAUAUGGAGCGAGAAAGCUUCUACGAAGAACCUCAUCUGCGUCCAUCUGGCCUGGUCCAUAUUUAUCGUCGUGUACUAUGGAAUGCUGCUGAACAUCAGAGCAUUCGGCAGAGAAAACCUGCAGAUCAACACGGUAAUUGCAGGGAUAUCGGAAAUGAUUGGAACGUUUAUCGGAUUCUAUCUGAUCAUGUUCACAAAGAACAAAUGGUUUUGGACCGGUUUGUUCAAUAUCAUCGGUGGUUUAGUGGCGUACGUUGCAUGGUUGAUACCACCAGAAGUUACAGGGAACAAGCGAGUUGCUCUUUUAAUGCUAACGGCAAUGAUCUCAAAGACUAGCAUUUCUUCCUGUUUGGCUAUACUGACGACUUGUACGGCUGAAUUGGUAGGUGCGAGCAAAAAGAACGGGCUCGUCUAUUCAACUAUUGUGUGGGCGAGGUUUUGGCUAAUAGGUGCUCCGUUUGUGGGAGCCACGGUCAUAUUUGGUCAGUUGGUGCCCCAAACGGCAUUUGGCUCGCUGACCAUUCUUGGUGGAAUUAUCGUAGGAAGUAUUAACGGGGAGCGAACACACCCAGUGGUGAAGCGGAACACAGUCUAUCCGGAAACAAUCUGCACAUCUGCCAACUGGCUGUCGCCAAAACCGCUAGGAACAAAUGAUCUGAAGCAAUAACAACUAUCGACUGGUAUA